UCGCGGCGGGUGCAGAGAGAGAUGGAUUACCGCCUCGCAGCCUGGACUAUCGCUCACUCUCCCACUCCCCCACCUCCCCCAACCUCCCCAUUCCCCUCCCCCAUCUCCCCCCGCUCCCCCUUCCCUCCCCCCCGAGGCGCGGCGGGUGGAAAGCGAGGCGCGGCGAGUGGAGAGCGAGGUGGACCACCGCCUAGCAGCGUACUCCAAGCUCGGAGCGGCCUUCGCGCUCGCCUCCUCCUCCACCGCCGCCGGUUCUCUGCCCGACCCUUCCGAGGCACAGAUCCGAGAGGGCGAGAUAGAGGCGCUGCUGCAGCAGCUGGCAUCGCUGAACGACGCCAUGGGCGCAUGUGCUGCUGCGGGCGGGGCGGGAGGGGGCAGCUCGGAGCUGCAGGCGCACACACUCACCCGCCACAACAACAUCCUGCUGGAGUUCUCUAGGGAGUUCGCCCGCACGCGAGCAGCAGUGACCACCAACCUGGAGCGAGCACAGCUGCUGGGUGUGUUUGGGAAGGCGGGCGGCAGGGAGGGGGGCGGCACGGGCAGCAGUGCGGGCGCUGAGGUGCUCUCUGAAACCGCUAGACUGCUCAAUGAACGCACCUCCAUCCACUCCGCACUCUCUCAGGCUGAUGACGUCAUUAAGCAAGCAUACGCCACUGACUUCUCCUGCUGCUCUCAUGCCUGCCCUGCUGCUGUCAUGCCUGCCCUGCUGCUGUCAUGCCCGCCCUGCUGCUGUCAUGCCUGCCCUGCUGCUCUCAUGCCUGCCCUGCUGCUCUCAUGCCUGCCCUGCUGCUCUCAUGCCUGCCCUGCUGCUCUCAUGCCUGCCCUGCUGCUGUCAUGCCUGCCCUGCUGCUGUCAUGCCUGCCCUGCUGCUGUCAUGCCUGCCCUGCUGCUGUCAUGCCUGCCCUGCUGCUGUCAUGCCUGCCCUGCUGCUCUCAUGCCUGCCCUGCUGCUGUCAUGCCUGCCCUGCUGCUGUCAUGCCUGCCCUGCUGCUGUCAUGCCUGCCCUGCUGCUGUCAUGCCUGCCCUGCUGCUGUCAUGCCUGCCCUGCUGCUCUCAUGCCUGCCCUGCUGCUCUCAUGCCUGCCCUGCUGCUCUCAUGCCUGCCCUGCUGCUCUCAUGCCUGCCCUGCUGCUCUCAUGCCUGCCCUGCUGCUGUCAUGCCUGCCCUGCUGCUGUCAUGCCUGCCCUGCUGCUGUCAUGCCUGCCCUGCUGCUCUCAUGCCUGCCCUGCUGCUCUCAUGCCUGCCCUGCUGCUCUCAUGCCUGCCCUGCUGCUCUCAUGCCUGCCCUGCUGCUGUCAUGCCUGCCCUGCUGCUCUCAUGCCUGCCCUGCUGCUCUCAUGCCUGCCCUGCUGCUCUCAUGCCUGCCCUGCUGCUGUCAUGCCUGCCCUGCUGCUGUCAUGCCUGCCCUGCUGCUGUCAUGCCUGCCCUGCUGCUGUCAUGCCUGCCCUGCUGCUGUCAUGCCUGCCCUGCUGCUGUCAUGCCUGCCCUGCUGAUGUCAUGCCUGCCCUGCUGCUGUCAUGCCUGCCCUGCUGCUGUCAUGCCUGCCCUGCUGCUCUCAUGCCUGCCCUGCUGCUCUCAUGCCUGCCCUGCUGCUCUCAUGCCUACCCUGCUGCUCUCAUGCCUGCCCUGCUGCUCUCAUGCCUGCCCUGCUGCUGUCAUGCCUGCCCUGCUGCUGUCAUGCCUGCCCUGCUGCUGUCAUGCCUGCCCUGCUGCUCUCAUGCCUGCCCUGCUGCUCUCAUGCCUGCCCUGCUGCUCUCAUGCCUGCCCUGCUGCUCUCAUGCCUGCCCUGCUGCUGUCAUGCCUGCCCUGCUGCUGUCAUGCCUGCCCUGCUGCUGUCAUGCCUGCCCUGCUGCUGUCAUGCCUGCCCUGCUGCUGUCAUGCCUGCCCUGCUGCUGUCAUGCCUGCCCUGCUGCUGUCAUGCCUGCCCUGCUGCUGUCAUGCCUGCCCUGCUGCUGUCAUGCCUGCCCUGCUGCUCUCAUGCCUGCCCUGCUGCUCUCAUGCCUGCCCUGCUGCUGUCAUGCCUGCCCUGCUGCUGUCAUGCCUGCCCUGCUGCUGUCAUGCCUGCCCUGCUGCUGUCAUGCCUGCCCUGCUGCUGUCAUGCCUGCCCUGCUGCUGUCAUGCCUGCCCUGCUGCUGUCAUGCCUGCCCUGCUGCUGUCAUGCCUGCCCUGCUGCUGUCAUGCCUGCCCUGCUGCUGUCAUGCCUGCCCUGCUGCUGUCAUGCCUGCCCUGCUGCUGUCAUGCCUGCCCUGCUGCUGUCAUGCCUGCCCUGCUGCUGUCAUGCAUGCCCUGCUGCUGUCAUGCCUGCCCUGCUGCUGUCAUGCCUGCCCUGCUGCUGUCAUGCCUGCCCUGCUGCUGUCAUGCCUGCCCUGCUGCUGUCAUGCCUGCCCUGCUGCUGUCAUGCCUGCCCUGCUGCUGUCAUGCCUGCCCUGCUGCUGUUCUCCUGUUCCCUUUCUCCUUUGUGCCUCGCUUAUCCGUUGCGCUUCUGAGCAACCUGCUGUCAGCCAUUCGGAAGAGGUGGUCCCGAGACUCACUCAUUCACAUGCUGGCCUGCCUUCCUAUCGGCCCCCCUCUCCCCUCUCCCUGUGCUGCAGCUGAACACGCUGCUAUCGGCCAUCAGGAGGAAGAAGUCACGGGACUCGCUCAUUCUCGCUGCCGUCGUGGCCGCCUGCACGCUCUUCCUCCUUGUCUACUGGCUCAACAAGUAGUUCCCGUCCCGUGCCAUCCCAUGCAUUUCCGGUCCGAGACACUAGUACAAGUCACCCGCGCCUGUCCUCACCCUAACGCGCCGUUCCCCUUUCGACGACCCCCCCUCCGCGCGCGCGCGCCCCGGCCAAUGGCGAUCGCGCGGAGCCACGUCGUGUCACGCCCAGCCGGGGGAGCGCGGUACGGGUCGUCGCCGGACCUGCUGGCGGCGUCGCUGCAGCAGUCGUUCCGGUACGCGCGGCUGUGGACGGCGUUCCAGCAGUUCUUCGGCUUCUUCGCCUUCCUCCUCACGCUCUGGUUCGUCACCUCGCGCCCCUGGCACUCCGCCGACUCCCGCGCCGCAAACUCCGCCGCAAACGCCGGCGCGACCUCCCGUCUCGGCGGAAACUCCGGUAACGGAUUCACCGGCGGGAGCGGCGGCGGCGGCGGCGGCGGCGGGAAACUGACAGGUCCGGCGGCGUACGUAGUGGUGGUGUGCGACGAGUCGCAGUUAAAGUCCGCCAUGGUGCUCGUGCACUCGAUCCGAUCCACUAAGACGGAACACGAUAUCGUCGUGCUCGCGCGCAACCUCUCCGGCACGCCGCGCCAUAUCUUCCGCGCGCUCGGCGCCACCGUCAACCCGCUUCCGCGCGGCGUCCCCGCGUCCUUCUCUCCGCCCUUCCCCCCGACGACCUUCGCGGACCCCUUCUCCUUCAGCUCCGUCUACUCCCCGCCGCCGCACCCCGCCGCGCUCGCGGAGUGCCUGCCCUUCAAAUUCUCCAUGUGGCUGCUGCGCCAAUACUCCAAGGUCGUCUACCUCGACCCGCGCAUGCUCGUCCUUGAGAACAUCGACGACGUGCUGGCUCGGCCCGAGCCGACCGCAGCUCCGGACAACUCCCUGCCGGACCGGUUCAACCCGAGCCUGCUGGUGCUGGAGCCGAGUGUGGCCACGUACCGCCAGCUCGUGGCGGAAUACGCCGCCAUCGCGUUUGGUGAUGCGGACAGCGACAGCGAGAGCGCGCGACGCACCCUCGCAGCAGAUGACCCCAACCAGCCGCAACCGCAGCAGGAGGGGCAGCAGCGGCAGGACCAGCAGCAGCAGCAGCAAUGGAAUUUGCAGCGGCGGCUGCGGCGGGGGCCGGUGCUCCCAGUGGGGUCGGAGGACCUCAUCUUCUUCAACCACUUCUUCUCGGACUGGCCGCAGCUGGGCGCGCAGCACCACCUCGACUACGGGUGCAACGCGCCGUCGCGCCUGGGGUACUCCGCCACGUGGAACGAGUGGGUGCACCCCAAGCUCAAGGUCGUGCGCUUCGCGGGCGGCUUCGAGCGGUGGGACGAGCUGACGGACAAGCUGUACCCGCCCACACGGCGGUAUGAUCAUCUCAGGUGGGAGCUGUUGAGGGAUAUGUCUGGGCUGCUCGUGCAGCACGGCGUCAUUGCGCCGGGGGACGCGCUGCCCAGCCCGCUGUGCCAGACGGACUUCAUGCAGUAUGCGCGCGGGGCGCCCGUGCCAAGGAAGCUGUCGGUGGUGAUUCUCACAGGCGGGGAUUUGACCACUCUUCAAACGCUCAUAUUCCACUUUGCUGCCAUGCGCUUCGUGCACAUGAUCUAUGUCAUGGCCAAGCCCAGCGAAGCCCCGGGAGGGGGGAGUGCUGCUGGUGCCGGCGGUGUGGGGGGGGAGUCGUCGGGAGGAUUCAACCUUGGCGGCAGCAGCGGGGGGAACACAGGUAGCAGCAGCAGUAGCAGUGGCGGCAGCGCGUGGGCGCAGGGGCACACGCAGAGCAUCCUAGCGGCGGCCAUCGAGUCGUGGAACGCCAGCAAGCCCGUGGAGCUGCUCCCCCCGUUGCGGCGCUACUCCAUGUCGGCGCGCAUGCGCCCCAUCGCGUCCCUCCCGACGGACUGCGUGCUGAUGUGCGACGACUCCGUGAUGGUGGGCGCGUCCGUGCUGUCGUCCGCGUUCAAGUUCUGGCAGGAGCAGCCGCAGCGCCUCGUGGGGUUCUUCCCGUCCGCGCACUACCGCGACCCGCACACGAGCGAGCUGGUGUUCGUGGCGGACCCCCGCGAGGAGUACUCCAUGGUGGGCGCAAGGCUGCUGCUGCUGCACGCCGACUACCUGCAGUCGUACACCUGCACGCUGCCUCAGCAAGUGCGCGACUACAUAGAAAUGUCCCCCCAGUGCGCCGACGCGGCGCUCAACUUCCUGGCGUCAGAGCUCACGGACGCGGCGCCCCUCCUCGUGGUGGACCCCGACAAGCGCGUCACGGAGGACCUCGCGUCGUCGUUCGAGGACCACACGCGCGUGGGGUCGGCGUGCCUGAACGACCUGGAGGCCUUCUUUGGCGACAUGCCGCUGCGCAACUCCACUCUUGCCAAGUUCCACCUCGAGCAGGACACCUUCACCAAGAUGCAGUUCAACAAGGCCGGGGGUGGGGGUGGGGGAGGGGGAGGGGGUGGGGGCGCAGGGGGAGGGGAGGGGGAGAAGGACGGGGGGCUGCAGUGGGAGGCGCUGUUUGACGCCACCAAGAUGUCGUCCAGCGAUGAGAACUUCCGCUUCAUGCCCUCUCUCAGACGGUCCCUCUCACCUGUCGCACAACCUCCUUUCCUCUGGUUUCACAUCUCGUCGUUCCCUCUAAGUUGCGCCACACUCACCCUCAUGCCAUACUCACCCCGCUGCUGCUUCUCUCUUGACCUCCAAUGCUUCCUUCGUGCCCCUCUCCUCCCCCUCUCUCACCCCCCUCACCCCCUCCUUCCCCAGGUGACCAACAUGCCAGAGGUGCACGUCUUCCCCUCGCCUCAGCACCCCAAGCAGAUCCUCUGCAUCCAGGGGAACCUCUCCACACCGCUGUGUUUCUCCGGGGGCGCGUGCAACAACUCGUUCGCCAUCGCCACCUUCGAUUCCAUCCCACCGUCCGCGCUCAUGCUGCUGGGCACGUCGCUGCUGCUGCACUCGCGCUACGGCUUUGAUGACCGCUUCCACACGCCCAACAUCCUCGCCAACCUCUUCUACCCCUACCCCGACUACUCCUUCAUGCGCCCCGCUCGCGCCUUCUUCUACCGCCGCGGCGGGCUCGACAUGCGCCUGUCGCCCUGGUCGCGCCUGCUGUUCAAGGCCAUUCUCGGGGCGCACAUCGCGCCGUUCCGCGUGCGCAACGGCACGCGCCCCGUGUGCUUUGAGCGCGCCGUGAUGACGCGGCGGUACCGGCCGGCAGCACAGGAGAGGAGCAUCGUGCUGCAGGACACAGCAGGGGCAGGGGCAGGGGCGGCGGCGGCCCAGCAGCAUCCGAUGGCGGGGGUGCCGCCAGGGCUGCGGGGGUUUGUGAGUUCCGACGCCCACACGAUCCGUGUGCUGGUGCUGUAUGGCGAUGCGGACAGUGGGGGUUGCGGCAUGAUGGAGAACCUACAGGCUGUGCUCAAGGGGCUGAGGGACCGCUGCCACAAGGCCACUGCUUGUGAACUCGUGGCUGUGAGGGAGGCUAACUUCACCAACUUCUGUGCACAGGUGCUAUUCAUGGGGGCAGCGUCCAUGCUAGUGACAGUGAGUGGAGACGGCACCAUGAACCACGUGAUGUGGAUGCGCCCCGGCAGUGCUGUGUUGGAGCUCGUGCCCUUCGGCAUCCCUGAGUACGACCCACGAGUGCUCAGAGUCUACGAGGAAGCUUCCAGCACUUUCCCGUCCCUGCCCCCUCCACUCCGUGCCACCCUCUGCCACCCUCUGCCCUCCUUGCUACUGCACGCCACGUGGCGGUGGGUGCGGCAAUGCACAAGCAGGUGGGUGCGAGUGGAGCACGACAAGGUGUUUGAGCUCAUGGGCCCCGAGUGUCCGCGCAAGAACGCAUCGUGCCGCUUCAUGUACCGCCGCCGCGCCAUCGUGGCCAACGUGACAGCUGUCAUGGCGUGGUUCGACACCACGUACUCGCGCAUGCGCACCGAAGGGAAGGAGGGCACGCUGGGCGGCAGAUACGGUCUAUCCUCGCCCCUCCAGGUCUAUCCCCUCCCCUCCAGGUCUAUCCUCGCCCCUCCAGGUCUAUCCCCGCCCCUCCAGGUCUAUCCUCGCCCCUCCAGGUCUAUCCUCGCCCCUCCAGGUCUAUCCUCGCCCCUCCAGGUCUAUCCUCGCCCCUCCAGGUCUAUCCUCGCCCCUCCAGGUCUAUCCUCGCCCCUCCAGGUCUAUCCUCGCCCCUCCAGGUCUAUCCCCUCCCCUCCAGGUCUAUCCUCGCCCCUCCAGGUCUAUCCCCGCCCCUCCAGGUCUAUCCUCGCCCCUCCAGGUCUAUCCUCGCCCCUCCAGGUCUAUCCUCGCCCCUCCAGGUCUAUCCUCGCCCCUCCAGGUCUAUCCUCGCCCCUCCAGGUCUAUCCCCUCCCCUCCAGGUCUAUCCUCGCCCCUCCAGGUCUAUCCUCUCCCCCAAUCCCUGCCUCUGCUCCUGUGCUGUUGCCUGGUGUAAUACCCCGCAAUUUCUUUCCUUCCUUAACCCACCCGCCCCCUCGCUGCCUUCCAGCCCUUCCUCCUCCCCCCUUGCACCUACCAGUAGUACCACCGCUGCCGCUACUGCUGCGGGUCCUCCCUGCUGCUCCCUGCAAGACACGAGCUCCCUCACAGGCUCCCCUCCCCGCAACUAACGGGCUCUUUGAACGCCUCCCCGCAACGCUAUGGCGCGGAUGGCUGCAGUGGCUGCGGUGGCAACCGCGCUGCUGCUGGCUGUGGCGGGCGCCUUUGCAAUCGCUUCUCUGCUCAUGCGGCGCACACCCGGCGCAUGGCACAGCAGCUGCAAGCACACGGGGCAGGUACACACCUAUGGUGCUGAAUGCUCAAGGGAUGCCCACUCACGCCAUGCUUCCGGCCUCCCUUCCCCCCGCCACUGCUCCUGAAACGCCUCGGCGUCUUCUGCCCCCUCUG